AUGCAGUUCCCCACCUCACUUCCUAGCCAGUUACAGAGCACAGUGGGAAAAUUAGUCAAAAUCUACAAUGCGUUGUUACAAAAUUCAACAUUCUUGCAAAAGGAUUUCCAUGCCAGCUUGGAAAAAAACACCUGUCGAGCAUCUAACAAAAAAGAUAUUCACGAUGAGUACAUAAACGGUCUCGGGGGUUCAGGUUCAUCAUCAUCCACAGCCAUGUCAGCAGCAGAGGAUGAUCCAUGCUGCCCGGCAUUCGAUGCCGUUGUUGUUGUUGAUGGGAGAGCAUUAGUGAGAAUUAAUUCUUCAGGAUCAUUCGGACGCAAAUCCUUCAGAAGCACAAAUCCUGAGCUGGCCGAAGUCACUGGGAUGUAUCUGCUUUCCUCGAGGAAUUUGAUGAAUUUUUCUUGGGCAGGGACAACUCUAGCUGGGUUGCUCAGAAUUUCAAAUGUUGGCUCGGUAAGACCAAUCCGCAAGGUAGAAUAA